CAACUCCCAUCCCUAGUCGGUCCAAUCAGCUGUGUUUGCCAUUAUUGUUUUUUUUAGGUUUAUUUAAGUGUUGCUAAUAAAAAACCGAGCGGCCGGGCGCCUCUUCUUGUUCGUCGGUGGGCGUAUUCAGUUUAUAAUAAUUGGUGUGCCGCAGAUAAGGCGGAUUCGUAAACAAACGACGGCAAACGCAAGCAAACAUGUUGACACUCGGCUCGUAACGCCAGCGGCUCCAUUCAGUCGUGUUUUGGAUGUCCAACUAGCCGGAGCCCUCGAUUUCCGCGGACUGUGCGUGGUGCGGCACUCGAUUCGUGCUAAAAAUGCGACAAGUUCCCUGGCACUUCGAAUAGCCAACGAACAAAAGUGUUGAUUCUUCGAAAGGAAAACGUAUUGGACCAACUCAGCGGAUUCCAAUUGGAGCAGAAACGUGAUCCCGCGUGCAAAAACACACAUGCAAAAUAAAUAACAACACCUGCUGGCCCACCACUUUGCAUGUGUUAGUGUGCAGGCACAUGCUCUUUCUGCUUGCCCUCGCAUUUUUUGUGAAUGAACUGGAAAACGCGCUAGUUUAGCAACGAUAGUAUUGAUCUUUGUGUCGCGGGUCAACGUAAUUACGCCGAAAUGAAGGCCACCAUCGAUAAGGAGCUGCUGCCCAUGAAGGCGCACUACUUUCUCUUCAAUGCCGGCACCGCUCCCGUCGUCCCCUUCAUGCCCACCCUGGCCGGCCAAUUGGGCUACUCCCCCGCCGUUGUGGGCACCAUGUACACCAUCCUCCCCAUCAUCGGAAUGCUGGCGAAGCCCCUCUUCGGAUACAUUGCGGACCGGUACCAUCGGCAUCGACCCCUUUUUCUGGGUGGCCAGGUUCUCACGGGCAUCGCCUUUUUCCUCAUAAUGUUCGUGCCGGGAAUGGAGAAGCCGCUGCCCAAGGUCGAGUUCCGCUGCCAUCAGGGCGUAUCCGACGUAAGAUUCUGCUCGGAGUACGGUGAGUGCGUGGAGAGGAAUCUUGAGCGGUACUACGGGAAUAGGACGCUGCAGUGUCAACUGAACUGCGAGGCACAGCCCUUCAUGUGGGACAUUGUGUGUGAAGAUUGGCUAAAGAACAACACGGAAAACUGUGCCGCCAAUCGAACCAAUAGCCAGCUGGAAUUCGGAGCCAGCAUAACUAUGCAAAAGAUUGAGAAUGAUGGUAGCUGCAUGUUCUUCAUGAUUCCGCACGAUCAAGGCCACAUUGCAGGCCAGAAUGUCACGUUGUACUGUCCAAAGGAAAAGGAAUACUUCAAAUCCAACUGCACCAUGGACUGUCGUGAGGACUACCUCAAGGAGCAGCUGGCGGAGAGUGCUGUGAUUAACACGAGUAGUGCCGUGACCAUGCCGCAGUUUUGGCUGUUCUUCGGCCUGCUCAUCUUCAGCUGGAUCGGCAUGGCGGUGGUGGUCAGCAUUGGUGACGCCAUAUGCUUCGGCAUCCUCGGCGAUCGCCAUCACCUGUAUGGCAAGCAGCGUCUGUGCGGCUCCCUUGGAUGGGGAGUUUUUGCCCUCUUGGCCGGCCUCCUUGUGGAUCACAUGUCGUUGGGUGAGGUGGACAAGAACUACACGGCCGUGUUUUGGAUGGCUUUGCUUAUCAUGGGAUUUGAUGUGUUCGCAUCAUCCAAGCUGAGGCACACGCCAACACAUUUGUCCUCCAACAUAUUGAAAGAUGUGGGUCAGAUGUUCCUCUCGGUGCGCUGCGUUAUCUUUUUCUUGUGGUGCGUUGCCAUUGGACUUGGAACGGCGCUGAUAUGGAACUUCCUUUUCAUAUACCUGGAGGAGCUGGACAAGGCGUUCGAGGGAUGCGACAGCUCGAUUAAGACCUUGGAGGGCUUGGUCAUGGGCAUUCAGUGCUUUGGCGGUGAGCUGCCGUUCUUCUUCCUAUCCGGUUGGAUUCUGAAGAAGAUUGGCCAUGUAAACGCCAUGAGUCUGGUGCUUUUUGGAUUCGGAGUGAGAUUUAUUCUCUACUCCAUGCUGCAGAAUCCCUGGUACAUCCUGCCCAUCGAACUGAUGAACGGGGUGACCUUCGGUCUUUUUUAUGCUACAAUGGCUUCCUAUGCGAGCAUUGUGGCACCGCCAGGCACCGAUGCUACCAUGCAGAGUCUGGUUGGAGCGAUAUUCGAAGGCGUUGGUGUGUCAAUGGGAAGCCUGAUCGGUGGACAGCUGUUUGAGUCGGUCACUGCACGCACCACCUUUGAGAUCUUCGGAAUUGGUGCCUUCAUUAUCUUUGUGAUCCACGUUUGCAUUCAGCUGUAUCUUCAGCGCAACAGCAACAUCGACGAAAAUGGCACUGUCAAGUAUUUCGCACCGACAGAUGCAAUGCACAUGCUGAAUGAUCAGGAGUAUAGUAGAGUUAGCUAAACAAUGUUUGUAUUGGACGCAUCACCACCCACAACACCAAUCACCAACGAGCCAGCCCAAAAACAGCGGCGACAAGAGGCCACGCUUCUACAGUUCAACUGAAUGCUGCACUCCAACAUAUUUCUACUCCCGAGCUGCAUGUUGAAUCGAUGUACUACCUGUAUUGUAAUCGUGCUUUAAUUAAGUAGUAACUUAUCUCAGUAGCCCCACACUCACGCGGAUCGCCACCUACGUGCAUGUCGCGUAAGCGAAGCUCUUCCUCAUUUUCUCAUUUACAAUUGAAACCAAUGUGAGAACUUAAUUAUUUGUAGAAUUUCAAGCGCAGCUGGUUGUUUGCAUGUUCUAGCAGUUAAAAACAAUGUUUACCGCGAAUUUUAGUUUAAAUAAGCCGCUGCCUUGGCGCUGUGAUUGUUCAAUUAUUGUUUCUCCACACCAUCUUAAUGUUAAACAUAAAUAUUUGUAUAUUUAUAAAUAAUAUUUGCAGCUAAAAGUAUAGUAGUGAUUGGCUUCCCACACUCAUUGGACGCAUUUAGCUUAUUUUCUGCGAAAUCUCUUAAGUGCUUACUUAACUAUACACAAUAUACAAUGUAAUGUUUUCCAACUAAUCGCAGACAUACGAUAGCCAGGUCUUAUAACGUUUACAAUUAUUAUUAUAAUUAUUAUUAUUAUUAUGUA